CUUGUCGCUAUAGUUAAACUUCAUGUAAAACGCUCUCGUUUCGUUUACAGAAAGAGAACGCGGCGCGCUUAAACCUAUCUCAAAGGUUAAAGAAUUCGCAAUUCAUCUCAACAACACAAGAAGAAGAGAAAAAGAGAAAAAGAAUCUCAAAAUUUCUCAAUGUCGAGAUCGUUGGUUCAACCCGUAGGCCAAAAGCGAUUAACAAACGUAGCAGUUGUUCGUCUCAAAAAGCACGGCAUGCGAUUCGAAAUCGCUUGUUACCCUAACACCGUCCUUUCUUGGCGUUCCGGCGUUGAAAAGGAUAUUGAUGAAGUGGUGCAGUCUCAUACGGUUUAUACCAAUGUUUCUAAAGGCGUUCUUGCUAAGUCUAAGGAUUUGAACGCUGCUUUUGGUACUGACGAUCACUCCAGUAUUUGUUUAGAGAUUUUAAAGAAGGGGGAACUUCAGGUUGCUGGCAAAGAGAGGGAAUCAAUGCUGUCUAGUCAGUUCAGGGACAUUGCCACCAUUGUAAUGCACAAAACUUUUAAUCCCGAGACUAAGCGCCCUUACACUAUCAGCAUGAUUGAACGCCUCAUGAGGGAUAUCCAUUUUGCCGUUGAUCCAAACAGCACCUCCAAGAAGCAGGCUCUGGAGUUGAUUCAGGAGCUUCAGAAGCACUACCCUAUAAGAAGGUGUCCGUUGAGGAUACGCGCUGCCGCUCCUGAGGAGGAAAUACCUGUCCUUUUAGAGAAGCUGAACGUAUGGAAGGCAACCGUUAUUUCUAAAGAAGGGACUUCUGCUCAGUUAUCUGUUGUUUUUGAACUAGAACCUGGUCUAUAUAAGGAUUGUCAUGACUUUGUUAUGAAUAAGAUGCAUGGAAGAUUUGAAGUUCUUGCCCACUCCCUUUACGUGGACGGGGAUACCCAAGUGGAUCAAUACAAUGAUCAUGAAGAUAUGCCUGCACCAUUGCCCACAAAAACUCCCGAGUCUGUGCUCGAACUGAAUGAUAAACUUCAGAAGCAAACAAUUUCGAGUGCAACUAAGCCUACUGAGGUACAACAACCAAAGCAAAACAAAUGCAACACAUGUGACGCAUGUUUUGAAGAUGCUAAGUUGUACAGGGAACACCACAAGAGUGAGUGGCACAAGCACAAUAUGAAGCGUAAAACGAGGCAACUCCCUCCACUCACUGAAGAAGAAAUUGCAGCAGAUAUGGAUUUGUUUGAAUCAAAAUCUGAUUUAAAGGAUUACUCAUUUUGAGUUGUACAUGACAAACACCCUUUAUUAAGUUGUACCGUUUAUAUGUAUAAUUUUGCUUUUGUUUAAAAUCUUUGACCGGUUGACGAAAUGACAAAUGCAGUUAUAAGUUUACACAUAAAAAGUAUGGAAGAUCCUGGUUUUGAA